AUGCCAUCGUCCACCAUGGACCGGCGAGUGUCGGGCCCCAGUGCUCCAGGUGGCCUGCUGGGCCUGCCUGCCCGCCCGGCUCCAACAGAAAGUUCGCCUCUUCUUGGUCCGCCCACGGCCCCACCUCCUCCUCGUAAACACCACCACGGACUCAUCGGUUUAGAUCGUCCCGCGACAACUUGGAACGAGCUCCGCGUGCUGGUCCACUCCAGUAUACCCCUCUCGGCUGGAUUGAUGCUCGAAAAUGCGCUCAAUACCAUCAACAUUCUUAUUGUGGGCAGGCUUGGAAGCGCAGAGCUUGCGGUGGCCGGAAAUUCGUCUCUUCUCAUCAUGGUCACUGGCUAUCCCCUUCCCCUUGCUCUCGCUGCGGCUUUCACCACACUUUCGGCCCCAUUAUAUGCCCAGCCAGAGGCCAGGUAUCACAUUGGCCACAUUCUGCAGCGGACACUACUUCUGUCCCUCAUUUCGGCCGCUUUCAUCAUGGUCUUCUGGUGGAACAUUUCACCCAUUCUUCUGGCUCUCAAGCAGCCCAAGGAGCUGGUGCAUGGUAUGAAGUACUAUCUCCGUGCCGCAACGCUCGUGCUCCCGGCUCUGGGUCUCGUCGAGUCUAUGAAGGCGUACCUGCAAGUACAAGGCAUCAUGAGCCCCCCGCCUCUCAUCCUCCUUGCUCUUCUCCCCUUCCACACUGGUCUUGCCAUCUACCUCGUUCACUACACUUCCCUAGGCGCCCCUGGCGCCGCCAUCGCCACGGCCACUACGCUCUGGGUCACCGGCAUCCUCCUGGUGCUGUAUGCGAUGCGCACGCGUGCCGCCCAGUGCUGGGAUGGGUUCACCCAGCGCGCUUGGGCAGACUGGGACGCCGUCCUCUGGCUUGCCGUUCCCGGUGCUCUGAUGUUUGGUUCCGAGCUCUGGGCAUUUGAAGUCAUUGCUUUGCUGGCGGGUCGCCUCGGACACAAUGCUGUCGCUGCCCAGGCGGUUAUUUCGACUCUUGACAACCUUGUGGCCAUGGUGCCAUAUGCCAUUUCCAUCGGUAUCGCCAACCGCGUCGGCAACCUCCUUGGCUUUGGUCUGCGGGCCAUCAAGCGAGCUCGUCGCGCCGUGCGUGCUGGCUUUGUUCUCGAGAUCCUUGUCGCCGGAUCCACUGGUCUUGUAGUCCUCAUCUGGCGUGAGAAGAUCGCCCUCAUCUUUACAGACGACCGCGAGGUCGCCAAGGAGGCUGCCCAGGCUGCCAUCUUCGUCGCGUCAUACCAGCUGUUUGACGGUCUUCAAAACGUCGGCGCAGCAUGCCUGCGCGCAUUUGGUCGCCAGAACGUCGGCUCUGUCAUCCACUUUAUCGGAUACUACGUCGUGGGUCUGCCUAUUGGCGCAUACCUCGGCCUCGGUCCCCCCCACUGGGGUCUCGCCGGCCUGUGGGCCGGUGCGGCCCUCGCGCUGGCGUGCACGUCGGCUGCCGAACUCCUGAUCGCGUUCAACAUCCACUGGGAGAACGAGGUGGAGCGCGUGCAGGCGCGCGAGACGGACGAGUCGUCAGACGAAGGAGAGGAGGACGAGUUUGAAGAGUAA